GUUUUCUUUUUGCAGCACGUGAACGAUGCAGGCGAGAGCUGGACCUGGUUGCUCUUCCUCAUUUGCCUGACGACCACCUUGGGCAGCACAGUGCCCGUUGGCUACUUCUUUGGUGUGCUCAAUGCACCGGCUGAGAUCAUCCAGAGCUGGUGCGACGAGGUGCUCUCGAAUGAAUACGAUACGAACAGCAGCGAGAGUCAGCUGAAUCUGCUGUGGACAUCCAUUGUGUCGAUCUAUUUGAUUGGCGGCAUCUGUGGCUCCUGCUUCAGCGCCUGCUGCUGCAAUAAAUAUGGACGCAAGGGCACCUUGAUCAUAAGCAGCGUAAUUCUGUUGAUUUGCGGCCUGCUCUUCACCUGGUGCCGUGCAGCCAGAUCGCUGGAGAUGCUGCUGGUUGCCCGUUUCUUUGGCGGCAUUGCCUCGGCGCUGAUCUUUACGGCGCAGCCCAUGUACUUGCUGGAGCUGGCUCCAUCUUCGCUGAGCGGCAGCGUUGGCGUCUUCACCUGCAUCGGCGUCACGGCUGGCAUAUUGCUGGCGCAGAUUGUCAGCCUGCCGCAGCUGCUGGGCAACGACGACAAUUGGCCAUACGCCUUGAGCUUCUAUGCGCUGCUGGUGCUCCUCUGCUUGCUGCCGCUGAUGUGCUAUCCGGAGAGUCCACGCUGGCUCUAUCUGGUCAAGGGCGACGUGGCGGGCAGUGCGCAUGGUUUGCGUCAGCUGCGUGGCAACGAAGUAAAUGUGCAGCUGGAGCUCAACGAAUUGGAGCAGACAUUGUCGAAGAACGACAAGUCCAGCACCAUAUGCCAAGUGCUGCGCGACAAGACGCUCCUCCUGCCACUGCUGCUCGUCUGUGCGCUGCAGGCCAGCCAGCAGCUUAGCGGCAUCAAUGCGAUCUUCUUCUAUUCGCUGUUGAUUUUGACCAAUGCUGGCUUCUCAAGCAGCUCGGCCACCUGGUUAAAUCUGGGCAUCGGCUGCUUCAAUCUGUUCACCUCGCUGCUUGGGCCGUUGCUGUUGUAUAAAUUCAAUCGGCGCCCGCUUCUGAUGUGCUCCUGCCUCAUCUGCGGCGGCUCGCUGGCUGGCAUGUCGUUCUCCCUCUACUAUCUGCUCAGCUCGGAGGGCAUGGCGCUGCGUUAUGUGAGCAUCGCAUUCAUUUUGACAUUUAUACUGGGCUUCCAACUAGGUCUCGGACCCAUUGCCUAUUUCAUUGGCUCAGAGCUACUGGAGGAUGCACCGCGUCCUGUGGCCAUGUCUUUUGGCAGCCUCUUCUCCUGGCUAGGCAAUUUCCUUAUUGGGCUGUGCUUCCCCCUGCUGCAGAUCGCCUGGAGCUCCUUUGCCUUUAUGCCCUGCAUGUGCGUUAGCAUAUUUUGCCUGCUGCUGGUCUGGCGUUAUCUGCCAGAGACACGCGGCAGGGAGCCCAAAGAUGUGAAGCCACUGAUGAGCCAAGGACUCCGUUCCAAAAUCAACUAAAUAAA